AUGUGGAUCCCGGGCACGAGCUUGACCGACCAGGAAGGAGGAAGGAGGCAGGAGGAAGAAGGAAGAAGGAAGUCCAGGACUAACCCGUCGAAAAGGCAGGUGGACCCCGCCGGCCUGUUGAAAUUUCACCUCAUCUUCCAUUUCGACCACUUCUCACACGGCCAUCUCUCACAGCCAUCUUCCACCGCACUGUGCUCGGUUUACGUUCGACGUUUCCAGUCCUCGUCUGUCCUCACACUGUGCCAGGCCCGAGGAAUCGUGCGCGGCUUGAUGAUACCAAAGCUGGCCGUCCCCUCCUGCCACGAGGCAACCGAAUGCGCGCGUUGUCUACGUUACGAUGCUCACCUUAACUCACCCAGGGUAUCAAAUGGCAUCCGCAAGUGUCCAGUCUCGCUCGCCAUUCUGCCGCCCUCGAGAGUCGAGCGUCAACAUGAGGUGUGCGCCAAGGACAGGUCAGAUCCAGGCGCCGGCCUCGAGACGUUCCAUCUCACAUCCCAACCUGACCUCCUGGCUGCAGCUCCAAUCAGCCCGCACUCACUCUUCGUCUGA